UCUCUCUCUCUCUCUCUCUCUCUCUCUCUCACAUACACACACACUCAUGUUCCCUCACUUCCUCUCCAUCAGACCCGUGCAGCAGCCUCAGAGAUGGAGAGCUGCUAGAAGCGCCUCCGCCUCCGCAGCAGCAGCGGCCGCCCUCCCUCCCUCCUCGCUCCGGUGGAUGUUGGAUGUACCAUGAGGUCUCCGCGGCUCUGGGCAGCUCUGUGCCUCCUCCUCACGGCGUCGUGCCGUGUCCGCGCGGCCGGCCGACAUGGUUGUUUGUUUGAGAAGAAUCUGUGUCCCAGAGAUCAGCUGUGCAGCGACGACGGUUUGUUCGGACAGUGCCAGGCUCCUCGCCAGGAGCCCGUCCAGUACCAGGUGUCUGUCCCCGUCCUGCACCGACUGCAGGAAGUCCUCAAAGACCUGAUGGUGCAAGGUCUGACCUGGAAAGACGACGUCACCCAGGCGAUCAUCGCCCGAGAGUUGAGUCGCGUCCCCGUGGUCGGCUCCAAAUCUCAUGAGAAGACACCAAAACAGAUGUCCAGACUGCCGGGACCCGGUCAGCGGAGGGUUCAGGGGUCCAAGGACCCCGCUGACCCCGAGAUGAUGCAGUACUUGGACUACAUGAUCCUGGACCCGUCCCGGUCCUCCGUCCACAUGCAGACGCCCCUGCUGGACCCUUACACCUACAACCAGGUGCAGUACGGCUACCAGGACGAGGAGGAGCGCUCGCUCAACUCUCUGGACGAUGACCCGGCCUUCCCGCGGCUCACCGCCCCCGCUCGCUCCAGGUCUCGGGGAAACCCUUUGGACAGGGACAGACAGCUCCUUCAGGACCUGCUGUCCUUUUACCUCACCUCCCCUUCCUCUUCCUCCUCCUCCUCCUCCUCCUCUUCCUCCUCCCCUGUGCAGUCCCUGUCCCGCCACCGAGGGGCGGUAGCAGCAGCUGCAGGGUUUCCCUCUUCGCUGUCCUCCUCGUCUUCCUCUUUCUUCCCGGAGCUGGACUUCCCGCUGGACUACGGCGAGGACUACGUUUCCCAGGUGGCUCAGCUCAGCAAGCAGCAGCAGGAGCAGGAGCAGCAGCAGGAGCAGGAGAAGAAGAAGAAGAAGCAGGAAGAGUAUGACGCGCUGUCUGGACUGGAUGAGAGCUCCCUGCAGAGACUGGCUCUGCUGCUGGACCACUACGGCCUGGACCUGAAGGACCUGUCCCCCGAGCAGAAAGACGACCUGAAGGACCUGUCCCCCGAGCAGAAAGACGACCUGAAGGACCUGUCCCCCGAGCAGAAAGACGACCUGCCGGCCGCCGUCAAGCAGCUGCAGCUGGACGGCUCCUACGCCCUCAGACCGACCAAAGAGGAAUUUGGGAAGAGUUCGGCCACAGGAAAGAAGGUCACGGAGGGUUCGAUGGCGUAUAAGACGACCGCCCCCGAGGCUCCGCCCCCCACAAACAAGCCCCCCGACCCUGGCAGAGCCCCGAAGAAAGACUCGACCCCCCCCGCCGCGGCAGCCAAUCAGGACGGUCCGAGGACGGGUGGAGGGGGGGCGGCCCAGGCCGAGGAGUACGGCUACAUCGUCACCAAUCAGAGCCCCCUUGGUCUGAACGACGGGGUGCGAGUGCUGCAGUGCUAUGGAGAGGACCGUCUCUCAACCGAAUCCGUCAUCAACAUCAGCGUUGUGGGACCCGCGAUCACCUUCAGGAUCAGACCCAACGCCAAGAACCUGACGGCUGCAGAUGUGGCCGAGAAAGCUGUUGCAGAGAAGAACUUCCUGGAGUCUGAGACGGGCCUGAAGGUGCUGCAGGGCGGCGUGGGAGAGAGGAAUGAUGGGAAGUCGUUGCCCCUGGCGACCCGCGUCCAGCCGAGCGGCUCCCGCGCCACGCUGGUUGCCAUGGCGUGCAUCGGCAGCGUCCUGGUGGCGGCCGUCACCGUCGCCUGCCUGCGACACCACGCCCACCGCCUGGCAGCCAAGAAGCUGGGUCUGGGACCGGAGGGGGGCACCUUCAACCACCAGGAGUACCAGGACCUGUGUCGCCAGCACAUGGCGUCCAAAGGCGCCUUCGGGCGUCUGGAAGCCGCCGCCCUCGGCGCCGUGGGGGGAGCGAGCGGAGGAGGAGGAGGAGGAGGAGGAGGAGGAGGAGGAGCCGACUCGAGGGUGAGCAGCGUGUCGUCCCAGUUCAGCGACGGAGCCCAGCCCAGCCCCAGCUCCCACAGCAGCACGCCGUCCUGGUGCGAGGAGCCGGCCCAGGCCAACAUGGACAUCUCCACCGGACACAUGAUACUGGCCUACAUGGAGGACCACCUGAGGAACAAGGACCGCCUGCUGAAGGAGUGGGAGGCUCUGUGCUCCUACCAGGCCGAGCCCAGCACCGUCUCCGUGGCCCAGAGCGACCCCAACGCCAAGAAGAACCGCUGCCCCGACUCCGUCCCCUAUGACCACUCGAGGGUGAAGCUGAAGGCGGAGGUCAACCCCUCCCGCUCCGACUACAUCAACGCCAGCACCAUAAUCGAGCACGACCCCCGGAUGCCGGCCUACAUCGCCACCCAAGGGCCCCUGUCACACACCAUCUCCGACUUCUGGCAGAUGGUGUGGGAGAACGGCUGCACCGUGAUUGUGAUGAUGACGGCGCUGGUGGAGGACGGAGAGAAGCAGUGCGACCGCUACUGGCCCGACGAGGGGUCGUCCCUCUACCACAUCUAUGAGGUGAACCUGGUGUCAGAGCACAUCUGGUGCAACGACUUCCUGGUGCGGAGCUUCUACCUGAAGAACGUGCAGACCCAGGAGACCAGGACCCUCACCCAGUUCCACUUCCUCAGCUGGCCGGCGCAGGGCAUCCCCACCUCCACCCGCCCGCUGCUGGACUUCCGCAGGAAGGUGAAUAAGUGUUACCGAGGACGCUCCUGCCCCAUCAUCGUGCACUGCAGUGACGGUACGCGCUCUGGGACUUACCCCCCUCCCCCAUCUGAUUGACAUGGUCUCAACCGAAUGGCUAAAGGGGUGAGGAGAUCGACAUCGCUGCGGACCCGGAGCAGACGACGACCAGCGACCCGGAUGAGUCGCACCAAGGACAGUUUGAGUUCGCCCUGACAGCCGUUGCCGAGGAGGUCAACGCCAUCCUCAAAGCUCUGCCCCAGUGAAAGCAGCCCCCCCCUCCCCCCCACCCGUCUGACCUUUCUCUCUAUGAAGAUGAUGAUGAUGAUGAUGAUGAUGAUGAUGAUGAUGAUGAAGAGCGACGCUGUGCUUCUCUAUCUGCCCGCCAGGUGAUUUCUUGAAAGGUGAUGUCAAAAAAAAAUAAAAAAACAGCCGUUAGGAACGACAGGUGCAGGUAUGGAUCUGAUUUUUAAGGGUUUGUGGCACAAAUACGAUGCGUUCAGGGACCUUCAGACGGUUGGAAAGUGUUGCAUUCACAGCUAAUCCGGAUAAAAAGGAACCGGGAAAUAAAAGAAUGAAGCCGCUCGUCCCACCGGAUUUAAACAAAUCCCUCAAUUUAGUUUCUUUUUUUAUUCUUUUAUUUUAGUCUUUGAGUAGCUUCUUUAAACGGCCUUUAACACAGGUCUGACUGCUAAUUUUGUCAAUUUAUCAAAGUAUAAAGAUGCCAGGAAGCCAAAUUACAGGAGAAAGAAAACAAAUAUUUAGUUAUCAGAACACUAUAUAGAAACAAAAUAUUUAAUUUCAUUACUUAAAUUCACAAUUGCAGCAGAAAAAAAGGAAAUAAAACGGUGUUUUCAUGUUGGUUUUUAGACAUCUUUAACUGGUUUUCUGAGAUUCGUCGCUCACACUUUACACGUCUUUUCUCCGCUGUUUAUCCAAAAUUUAUAAAGUUAUCUCACUAUAAAUAUAAAUAAUAAAAGGCGCUGUGUAUUCACAGAUAAACACACAUGCCUGAUAUGUAAAAACCAACCUGAACGCAUCAUCUGAACGCGCCACAGGCUCUUUAACCAUCAGAGGUCCAGCCUGACGCUCUGAUUGAAGCAACAUGUAUUUUUUCCUCCUAUCUGUGGUUUGUUGACAUUGUUGCUGUUGUUGGGUCACGGUCUAAUUAAGGAAACAACGUGAUUGAAAUGGCCUGUCCCCCUGCUCGGCCUGUAGCUUCCUCCUCUGUGUGUGUGUGUGUGUGUGCCACUCAGAUGAUUUGGAUAUAUUGUUGUAUACCUCAUGCAAGUCAGAAAAAGAACUAAAAAAAUAUAUAAAAAAGAAAUGCUAUUCUCUGAAAAAAGCUAUUUUGUAUAUGUGAGAUAAAUUAAAUCUUUUUGUGUUUAAGUGCUGCAA